AUGGUUAUCCUGCUCCUUGUCGGCCUUCCAAUGAUUCGCAUGUCCAGAAUGACGAUGCCUUCUAGAAGACGUGAUGCUGUCAAGGCGUUUGUCGGUCUUGACUUCUCCGAUACAGAAUCAUCAUCAGUCGAGAACAUCACACCUAAACCUUUUCGCGGAGAUCCUCAAGCUACUGUUCGUUCACCGACAACUAACGAAACCAAAUCAAGGCCCUCACUUUUAACUGUGCCGGUCGAAAUUCGACUGCAAAUAUAUGAUCUUCUUCUUGUUAGCCGAUCAACUCGCGAGGACAACCCCUCGUGGCCGGUGGGUGACACAUGUCAAGUCAUGAUUAUGCUUUCAAUGAAGAAAGAUCCACAACAGCGAACAAUAAAUCCGGCGAUAAUACGAAUAUGUGGGCAGAUUCGCCGGGAAGCGAAUCCAAUUCUCUACACAGGGAAUGUGUUCAAUUUCAGACAGCCCGACCAGAUGUUUCGAUUUAUGACACAGAUUGGUCCUACCAAUAUCAAAUUUGUGAGGUCGUUAGACAUGUGGAUACCAUGGAAGGCUGAGAUCUUGCCAUGGUUAACAUUGCUCAAUGCCCUGUCCCAGGAAGCCGCCGCCCUCAAAUACGUUAGAGUUGCAUGGAACUCAAGGUACGAAUCUCCCCGAAUGCUCCAGAAAGGGGCUAAAGAGAGAGGGUUGGGGGACAAUGUUCUCUUCAUACGUGCUUUAGCGACAUUCCAGGGGCUUGAGAAGAUACACAUUAGAGGACAUUAUGCGAAGCAUUGGCCAUCAUACCUGACGGCGAAAACUAGUGCGCAAGUGCAAGCUGAGAUUGGCCUCGGGCAUUACGAACCGGAGCCUGAUGAUGAUCCUCAGACCAUUCAAUGGAUACAGACUUUGAAUGAGAGCAACUUACAUAAAUUCAGGGAAUACCAGAGGGGCACAGAAGAUCUUAUUCCAUAG